AUGAACAGACCCCCUAGCAACCUGCGCUCUCAGAUAUUCCGCCGACAGCUCCGCAGCAACAAGAAUCGACUCUUGAUCAUCAUGUUCCCCGGGUACCUGGAUCGAGAUGCAAAGCGGGUAAUCGUGGUGCAUUGCAUGACCAGUGAUGCUGACGACUCGGGUGCGGAUACAGGUGACGACUGUGCGCAUUAUGGUGAGAUCAUCGCAUCCAUAGUCGUGUGCGUUGAAGAAUACGUUCACCCAGUUCGUUGUUCGAGGGUUUGGCUCUUGCAUUAA